GGUCCUGGUCAGCCGCUCUUAUCUGAAUUUCAUCGUCCCUUUCUUCCCCCCAUGCUUACUCAAUCCAGUGUGGCCUUUGCAGCCUCAAAUUUCUAUCUGCUCUAUUUAAACCAACCACUGACUGUGAGCCUUACCUUCCAGCUAACCAUACAACAAUAACCCUAAUUAGCGAUUUCGCAGAUGGAAUGGAGAUCGCUCUUCUUCCUCACCAUCAUAGCACUAUUUGGCUUCACCACUGGGUUUCCUCAAUCAAUCCUACCAUACCCACAUCCUCAAUUCGCCUGUAAGCCGCCGUACAAUUCCUACCAAUUCUGCAACAUCACUCUUUCAGUGGCCGCCAGAGCCCAGUCUCUCAUCUCCCACCUCACCCUCCCCGAGAAAAUCCACCUGCUCAUCGACAAUGCCACCGGUGUGCCAAGGCUCGGUAUUCCGCCCUACAAGUGGUGGUCGGAAUCCCUCCACGGGAUUAACGACAACGGCCCCGGAGUCACCUUCAACGGCAUCAUUCCGUCGGCCACCAGCUUCCCUCAAGUCAUAGUCACCGGAGCUUCCUUCAACCGGAGUCUCUGGUACGAGAUCGCGGCGGCCAUUGGGGUCGAGGCCCGGGCAUUCUUCAACGUCGGGCAGGCUGGUCUGACGUUUUGGGCGCCGAAUAUUAACAUUUUCAGGGACCCCAGGUGGGGCCGAGGCCAAGAGACAACCGGAGAAGAUCCGCUGGUUGCGGCGGCUUACGCCGUCGAGUUUGUCAGAGGGUUUCAGGGGGAGGAUAGGUUGGCUGGCGGCGGAAGUGGAGAUGGGUUUGGUCGGAGGAGGGAGCUGGCGGAAAACAGCGGCAACGGCGGGCUGAUGCUGUCCGCUUGUUGCAAGCAUUACAGCGCCUACGAUGUCGACAAGUGGGGCAUUCACAACAGAUACAACUUCGAUGCUGUGGUUACAGAGCAGGACAUGGAAGACACGUAUCAGCCACCAUUUAAGAGUUGUAUUCAACAAGGCAAAGCAAGUUGCGUAAUGUGUUCAUAUAAUUCGAUCAAUGGGGUGCCGGCAUGCGCACGAGAAGAUCUCUUGCGAAGAACUAGAGAGGAAUGGGGUUUCAACGGGUAUAUAACCUCAGACUGUGAAGCUGUUUCGGCCAUAUAUGAACACCAUAAUUUCACCACAACUCGGGAAGAUGCGGUGGCUAUUACCCUUAAAGCAGGAAUGGAUAUUGAGUGUGGAAAUUAUACGGCUCUAUAUGGUCUAUCUGCAAUACAGCAGGGGAAGCUAGAAGAAGGAGACAUAGACAGAGCACUUUUCAAUCUGUUUUCAGUUCAAAUUCGUCUGGGAAUUUUCAACGGAGACCCUGCAAAUGGGCUGUUCAGAAACUUUGGACCUCAAGAUGUUUGCACUUCGGAACACAAGGCUCUGGCACUCGAAGCAGCUAGGCAGGGAACUGUUCUUCUGAAGAAUGAGAACAAGUUUCUGCCUUUGAAAAGGAAUGGAAUCUCUUCCUUGGCCCUUAUCGGUCCAAUGGCAAACAACCACACAAUGGGUGGCGAUUAUACAGGGAUUCCUUGCAGCCCAUCUACCGUUUUUGAUGCAUUUCAAUCGUAUUCAAAGAAAAUAUCCUAUGCAAUUGGUUGCCUAGAUGGCGUACCUUGCAAAACAAGAGCUGGAUUUGCUGAGGCCCUUUCUGUUGCUAGAGAAGCCGAUACUGUCAUUCUAGUAGCUGGAUUGGACACGACUCAAGAAUAUGAAGAAGUGGACCGUUACCACAUUCGUUUGCCAGGUUUUCAAAAGGAUCUUAUUGAGGCAGUUGCUGCUGUGAGUAAAAGACCAUUGGUCUUAGUUCUUACAGGUGCUGGAUCCGUUGACGUAUCGUUUGCUAAAAACAACCCUCGAAUUGCAAGUAUUGUAUGGAUUGGUUACCCUGGAGAGAUUGGUGGGAAGGCACUUGCUGAAAUCAUCUUUGGAGAUUAUAAUCCAGGUGGAAGAUUGCCUGUGACCUGGUAUCCAUCGUCAUUCACUAAUUUACUAAUGACUGACAUGAACAUGCGGCCUGAUCUAUCUCGAGGUUAUCCAGGAAGAACUUACCGUUUUUAUAUUGGAGAAACUAUUUAUGAAUUCGGAGAUGGCUUAAGCUAUACAACUUUCACAUACACCCUGUUGUCUGCUCCAAACAAACUGAGCCUUUUGGGAACAACAACGGAUGUAUAUGUAGGAGAUGAGCGCAACUACGCUUACGUCGACGAGCUAAGAUACUGUGAUACGUUGGUAUUCAAUGUACAGAUCUCUGUGACAAAUAACGGCGGCAUGGAUGGAAGCAAUGUUGUGCUGUUGUUUUCUCGAGUGCCAAAUUUUUUUAAAGGCGCUCCAAGAAAACAACUCAUCGGUUUUGAUCGGGUGCAUACUACAACCUGCAAGGCUGCAGAGACGAACUUCGUGGUAAAUCCUUGUGAGCAUCUCAGCUUUGCAGACGAGUAUGGAAGAAGAAUUUUGCUGUUGGGAAAUCAUACUCUAAUGGUUGGGGAUAUAGAGCAUAUUGUUUCCAUUGAAGUAUGAUAAUAUGAUGUGAAGUUGCAUGUAUGGUUGUCAAUUGAUGAAGAUCAUGCUUUACCCUGAGCACUGUGUAGAAUUAGGUGCUCAUAAGCAACAACUAUGUGGGAGAUGCAUAUAUGGUUGUCAGUUGUGGGUACUCUUACCAGGAGUUUGUUCAUAUAUCUAAUAAUUAGAAAGUUCCAUGGCUUUCGUGGGAUUGAUUGGAAAAUCAAGACAUGUAAUUUGUUGGGAUGAAUAAAUUAAUGUUUGAUUUCUUAA